GCACAAUGAUUCCCAUCGAUGACUGCGAACAGCAAAUGAAAGAUCAAGAAUAUUUAACAGAAACCAGAACAAACAUGCCAGCAAGAACAAUUGACAGAUUUAUCCCACAAUGGAAAUGGACAUCUACUAUAAUUUAUGUGCUUCUGGCCAUUUCUUACCUGCUGAUCAUCAUAUUGUUCGGGCUUGUGGCAUCCCAGGAAAGGAGCAAGUGGGACCAACAUCUAGAAAACCUGUACCCAUGUGGAGCCAAAAGCAGAGAAUGGAAAUAUUUUGAUGGUGCAUGUUACUUCUUCUCCUUCACACAAGUUAUUUGGCACACAGCAAAGAGUAAGUGUGAAGAAGAGAAUUCAGAAUUGGUAGUCAUUACCAAUCAGUAUGAACAGAAUUUCCUUGAGACUGAAGCCAGGGGUCAGCGCUUCUGGAUUGGACUCAGUGAUCACAAUACUGAAGGGCAAUGGAGAUGGGUUGAUAACACAGACUACAGAACCAGCUUCAAGAAUUGGUUAGAAGGUGAACCCAAUGACAACAGCAAUAAUGAAGAUUGCGGCGAGCUCUAUGAGGCUGGAAAAUGGAACGAUGUAGCCUGUAAUACAAAAAAAUUUUAUGUGUGCAAAAAACCUUUGCCUCCCUGAAAAAUCAUGGGCGAAAAGAAUUGAAGGAGAAGGAAAUCACUUACUUUGGAAUCCCAAUUAUUCUGGAUUGCUGGAAUGAAACUGUAUAUUAACACACACACACACACACCAAAAAAAAAACAACAACAGCCAAAUCAAUACCCUCUUAUAGGAAAAAAAGAGAUCUUUAAAUUGGUUGGCAAAAAAACAAAAUUAUUUUCCAAUUUGAAAAAUAUUUGUCAAUGAGUUUGUUUCAAUUCUUAAGAAAGGCCUAUUCUAGAUCAAGAGUUGAGUUGUUGGAUUCCUAUAGGUGCUUCCAUCAUCUGCCAUAACAUGAAAACCCAUGUAUAUGUGGUGCCUCCGAUAUCAAAUAUAUUGCUCAUAUUUUCUUGACUGUCAA